GCCUCCCCCAUGCCGCCCUCGGGGCUGCGGCUGCUGCCGCUGCUGCUGCCGCUGCUGUGGCUACUAGUGCUGCCGCCUAGCCGGCCGGCCGCCGGACUGUCCACCUGCAAGACCAUCGACAUGGAGCUGGUGAAGCGAAAGCGCAUCGAGGCCAUCCGCGGCCAGAUUCUGUCCAAGCUUCGGCUCGCCAGCCCCCCGAGCCAGGGGGAGGUGCCGCCCGGUCCGCUGCCCGAGGCCGUACUGGCCCUUUACAACAGUACCCGUGACCGGGUGGCCGGGGAAAGUGCCGAACCUGAGCCUGAGCCAGAGGCGGACUACUACGCCAAGGAGGUCACCCGCGUGCUAAUGGUGGAAAACAGCAACGAAAUCUAUGGGAAAAUCAAGCGUAGCCCACACAGCAUGUAUAUGCUCUUCAACACAUCGGAGCUCCGGGAAGCGGUGCCCGAACCUGUGUUGCUCUCUCGGGCAGAGCUGCGCCUGCUGAGGCUCAAGCUAAAAGUGGAGCAGCACGUGGAGCUGUACCAGAAAUACAGCAAUGAUUCCUGGCGCUACCUCAGCAACCGGCUGCUGGCCCCCAGCGACUCACCGGAGUGGCUGUCCUUUGAUGUCACUGGAGUUGUGCGGCAGUGGCUGACCCACGGAGAGGAAAUAGAGGGCUUUCGCCUCAGUGCCCACUGUUCCUGUGACAGCAAAGAUAACACACUCCAAGUGGACAUUAACGCAGGGUUCAGUUCCGGCCGCCGGGGUGACCUUGCCACUAUUCAUGGCAUGAACCGGCCCUUCCUGCUCCUCAUGGCCACCCCGCUGGAGAGGGCCCAGCACCUGCACAGCUCCCGGCACCGCCGAGCCCUGGACACCAACUACUGCUUCAGCUCCACGGAAAAGAACUGCUGCGUUCGGCAGCUCUACAUUGACUUCCGCAAGGACCUGGGCUGGAAGUGGAUUCACGAACCCAAGGGCUACCAUGCCAAUUUCUGCCUGGGGCCCUGCCCCUACAUCUGGAGCCUGGACACGCAGUACAGCAAGGUCCUGGCCCUGUACAACCAGCACAACCCGGGCGCGUCGGCGGCGCCGUGCUGCGUGCCGCAGGCGCUGGAGCCUCUGCCCAUCGUGUACUACGUGGGCCGCAAGCCCAAGGUGGAGCAGCUGUCCAACAUGAUCGUGCGCUCCUGCAAGUGCAGCUGAGGCCCCGCCCCACCCGACAGGUCCCGCCCACCCCGGCAGGCCCGGCCCCGCCCCCGCCCGCCUCAUCAGGGUUGUAUUUAAGGACACCUCACCCAAGCCCACCUGGGGUCCAUUAAAGGUGGAGAGAUG